ACUGUCCACAAGCUGCUGUGUCUCACACACACACUGGACUCUGCAGUGUGUCCACACACUCUCCUGGUCAGUGUCCUGUGGUCUGGAUGUCAGCAGCUGUUUUCACUGGGACUUUCUGUCUGCAGCAGCGUUUUGUGUUCAGGAGCAGCGAGGCAGAGGAUUAGAGCCGAGCGACGAUGGAUUCCAACGGAGCCUCAAAACACCAGUCUGCAGGUUCAGGCCAACGGCGGCAAGGCGCCACCGUCAGCUUCCACAAUAUUCACUACAAGGUGACACAGGGAGGAAGCUGUCUUUGCCGGAAGAAGGCGACCACCAAAGACAUCCUGAUCGACCUCAAUGGGAUCAUGAAGCCAGGGCUCAACGCCAUCAUGGGAGCGACAGGAAGCGGCAAAUCAUCGUUCCUGGAUGUUCUGGCAGCCAGGAAGGAUCCCGCCGGUCUCACAGGAGAAGUCCUGAUCGACGGAGCUCCGCAGCCUCCAAACUUUAAGUGUCUGUCUGGAUACGUGGUGCAGGACGACGUGGUGAUGGGAACUCUGACGGUCAGAGAAAACUUCAGCUUCUCUGCGGCGCUGCGUCUCCCAUCAACCAUCUCUCAGGAGGAGAAGGAGCAGAAGGUCAACAGGCUGAUCCAGGAGCUGGGGCUGAGCCGAGUGGCCGACUCCAGGGUGGGCACUCAGCUGAUUCGUGGGAUCUCCGGCGGCGAGAGGAAGAGGACGAACAUCGGCAUGGAGCUGAUCAUCGACCCGCCCGUCCUCUUCCUGGACGAACCCACCACAGGCCUCGACGCCAGCACCGCUAACUCUGUGCUGCUGCUGCUCAAGAGGAUGGCGAACAAUGGUCGCACCAUCAUCCUGUCCAUCCACCAGCCUCGAUACUCCAUCUACCGUCUGUUCGACAGCCUCACCCUGCUGGUCACCGGCAAACAGGUUUACCACGGGCCCGCACAGAGCGCGCUGGAGUAUUUCUCAGACAUCGGAUACACCUGUGAGCCCCACAACAACCCUGCUGACUUCUUCCUGGACGUCAUCAACGGAGACUCGACCGCAGUCGUCUACAGCAACGCGGACAGAGAAGAUCCAGAUCCAGACUCAGUGUCACUGUCCAGACGGGGGAUCGAGGACAAACUGGUGGAGGAGUAUAGAAACUGUCACUACUACAAACAGACCAAAGCAGAGCUGGAGAGGAUAAUUCAGGGUAAGCAGACGACCACCACCACUCCCUCCAGAACCAUCACCUACACCACCGGCUUCCUGACCCAGUUCAGAUGGGUUCUCAAGAGAACGUUUCGCAACCUCAUGCUCAACCCUCAGACCUCCAUCGCUCAGGUAGCAGUAACCUUGUUCCUCGCUCUGGUCGUUGGAGCCAUUUUCUUUGAUGUGAAGGAGAAUCAGAGUGGAAUGCAGAACAGGUUUGGAGCUCUCUUCUUCAUCACAGUGAAUCAGUGCUUCAGCUCCCUGUCGUCGGCCGAACUCUUCAUCUCCGAGAGGAAACUCUUCAUUCAUGAGUACAUCAGCGGUUACUACAGGCUGUCUGUCUACUUCCUGUCCAAGAUCCUGUCUGACAUCAUCACACUGAGGACCAUCCCCGCCAUCGUCUUCAGCUGCGUGGCGUACUUCAUGAUCGGCCUGAAGCCCACAGCUGAGGCCUUCUUCCUCUUCAUGUUCACGGUCAUGCUGGUGGCCUACACGGCCACCUCCAUGGCUCUGGCCAUCUCAGCCGACCAGACGGUGGUGGCCAUUGCCAACAUCUUCAUGACCAUCGCCUGCGUCUUCAUGAUGAUCUUUGCAGGUCUGUUGGUGAAUCUCCCCUCCAUCGUCAGCUGGCUCGCUUGGUUGAAAUACCUCAGUAUCCCAAGAUAUGGCCUCAGUGCUUUGCAGGUGAAUGAGUUUUCCGGGCUGAACUUCUGUCAGGGGUUAAAUGCCAGCGUCAUUCCACCUGGACUCAUUUGCACAGGGGAGGAGUUUCUGACGGAGCAGGGUGUGGAUAACUCCACCUGGGGCUUCUGGCAGAACCAUGUGGCCCUGAGCAUCAUGACCAUCUGCUUCCUCACCAUCACUUACCUGAAGCUGCGCUUCAUCAGGAAGUUCACCUAGACUGACGACUGACGGCUGGAAACAGAUGGAAGUACUGUAGUUUUUUUUUUUACAGAAAUGAUUUGAAUUUUUUAUCACAUCUUGUUCAGUUUGUUCAUUUUCAUUUGCUUCUGACUCAUGUGAUAAAAUCCAGUAAUUUUCCAAAUCUCUGAUCCCAAAUGUUUGUUUGUUAAAUGAUAUUUCCUGUUUAUGAAGAUGUUUUAAAGAAGCUGUUAAUUAUUUAUUCACUCCUUACUAACACUGUAGCACCGUGAUGUGUUGUAACUCAUAAAGAAUUGUAUCCUGGUUUUUGCACUUUUUGAAGUUCAGAGCAAAAGAAGUAAUUUUUUUUUCACACAAGAAUUUUAUAUUUAUGAUUUUUACAAAAUAAAACAGUGAAUUAGCAUUUUAAUGUUCAGUUUAUUUCUCCUGCUCACGUCUGUGACACGGGAUUCGAAAUUCUCACAUUUGCCAAUAUUUUAAUUUAAUUCAUUACUUACAUAGGAUCAAUGGGAGUAAUAUAUAAACCUCUAAUAAAGAGUUUAUGACACACAGGUGGAGGCUGCUGUAUAAACUGAUAAUGAAAUACAGUAAAAUGCAGCUGUAAUUAUAUAAAAUAUGUCUUAAACUUUACAUUAAUAAA